AUGAAUUGGUCUUCACACAAUAUCGACCCAUACCUCGAUCCAGAGGGUCAUCAUGGAAGCGUGGAAUAUCCUGGUCAGCGUCCCAUCUACAGUCCUUUCCCAUACACCCAUUUCGCCCACCUGUCCUCGGCGCCGUUCGAAUGGAAUAUGAUGCCGCCAUUGCCACCAAUUGACUCAAGCCCGAGCGAUACAACGUGGGCUAUCGAUGCUCCUACUGUGGAGUCUGGUACUACGGACGAGGGAGCAGAUAAUACUGAGCUUUCGAACAUGAGCUACGGCAGUACUGGCAACGGCCACUCGACCAACUCCUCUCCAUCUACUCCGAUGAUGGACGAACCACGCAGGUCAGUGACUGCCAGCCACAAACCGGCCAAGGGCAAAGCAUCUUAUGGUCGCUGUCCCACGUACAGGACCCAGACCACAGCAGAUCACAUCCGUGAACUUAUUUACGGAAGCAUCAUCAGUUGA